AUGACUGUUGCUGAGUAUACUAGUAAGUUUGAGGAGUUGUGUCGCUUUUCUCGUAUCUGUCAAGGGGCACCAAAAGAUUUUGCCGAAUGGAAGCGUAUUAAGUAUGAGGGAGGUCUUCAGAGUGAUAUUCUGAGCUUUGUUGCCCCAAUGGAGAUCAAGGUAUUUUCUAAAUUGGUGAAUAAGAGUAGGGUGGCUAAAGAUUGUGUGAGGAAGGCAACAGCAGAGAAAGAAAGUUUGAGGGUGCCUUUUCAGAGACCUUCAGGAAGGAACUUUGAUUCGAGAGGGAAGAAGGUUUGGGAAGCAGCCACAGCAGGAUCUGAAUUGUCAGAGGUGCGAAAGCCCAGACAUAGGGCCACUAAUUGCCGAGAGAAGAAGAAGUAUGAGACUGGUAGGGUGCAGCAGCCAGGGAGAGUAUACACCACUUCUACCAUAGGUGCUGAGGGAUCUGAGACACUUAUUAGAGGUAAUUGUGAAAUGGCUGGUAAAAUCUUAAAUGCUUUAUUUGAUUCAGGAGCAAGUCAUUCAUUUAUUGCAUUUGAAAAGGCCCAUGAAUUAGGAUUGAGAAUGGUGGUUUUACGUUUUGAUUUGAAAAUAUAUAAUGCUACUCAUGAAGCUAUGGUGACUAGGAUAGGAUGUCCACAAGUUCCCUUUCGAGUACAACAGCGUGAAUUUGUGCAUGAUUUGAUUUGUUUGCCUAUGAUUGGUCUUGAUCUCAUUUUGGGAUUGGAUUGGUUAUCCAAGAAUCAUGUUUUGCUUGAUUGUUCUGAGAAGUCAGUACAGUUUAUGCCGGAAGGGUCAGAAGCACCGGUUGUGGUGAAUAGUUACUAUUUGAAUUAUAUGAUAGUAAACUGUUCUGGAACUGAAUGUCUGGGUAUUAUGUUAUUAAUUACGGGAGUAUCAGGUGAUGAUCAGAGUUUAGAGCAGAUUCCUGUUGUAUGUGAAUUUCCAGAUGUGUUUCCGGAUGAUAUUAAUGAAUUCCCACCUAACUGA